UUUUCUUGUUUCCACUCGGAAUCGUCUUUUUCCCUCACCGUAUUCGGUCAUAUUAUCGUGAAAAACGUUGUGCCACUGAUAUUCUGUGGGGUAGAGCGAUUUUCAGUCGAGUAAGUGACGUGAUAAGACAGUUUUGGGGUUGAAAAUGUCAACGAUAUCGUCUCAGGAGGCACCUCAUCUACAACAAAUCGAUUUGACAAAGUGCAAUCUCGAUCAGCUAAUGUUGCUGAAACGACAGCUCGAUAGGGAAAUCGGAGUCUUUCAGGACUCCAUUCGGAGUUUGAAACUAGCCCAAAAUAAAUUUCAACAGUCGGGAAAUUGUCUUGAUAAAGUCAAUACGGAGAUGAAGGGAAAGGAGAUCCUCGUUCCUCUGACAGAAUCAAUGUAUGUACCCGGGAGAAUAUCAGACACAGAGAAUGUUCUCGUGGAUGUUGGCACAGGUUAUUUCAUCGAGAAACCGGUGGACGAUGCAAAGGAUUACUUCAAGAGGCGAGUGGCUUAUGUCACUGAACAAAUAGAAAAAAUUCAAGUACUGGCGCAGGAGAAGCUCAACAUCUGCAAUGCCACGAUGGAAAUCAUAGGGAUGAAGAUUCAGGGACAGGAGGAAAAGGCAGGAGCAUAAGAACACCAUUUAUUUAGAAUUCUAUCAAUUUUUCCAUUGCAACGGCCUCCAUAAUUCAUCAGCAAACUUGAAUUUAUUUUAGCAAUACUCAGGAUUUUUUACUACAUUUUUGAGCGCUGAACGACAAUUGUUGAUUUAGUGAUUCACUGCAGAUAUACAAAUAUUUGAUUAACUGAGUUAAUUAAAUUUAUUGGAAUCCACUGAUUGUUCUCGCAAAAUGCAUUUUACAUUGUUCAAUCGUCAUUUAUUGAAUAUAAUACAGUAAUUAUAUUAUUCUCA